AUGAAUUUUAACAUUAGGUUUUUUAGUGUUUUACACUUUUUGCUUUCUCCAUGUUACACAUUCAUUUUACCCAAGAGUAUUAGAAAUAUUUCUUCACAAAAUGCAUUUUUUAUUUCUGAAUGGCUUGUAAAAACCAAAAAUUUGCAUGUCAUAUCCAAUCCUUUAGUAGAUGAUAUCGAUUUAGAUGGAAAUUACGAUGUUUACUUUUCUACAGUAGAUGGUGUACUUUACGGCAUUUCGAACGUGCUUAAAUGUGUUACAGGAAAAUCAUGUGGUAUUCCCCACGAGAAUUGGCCCGUAUCUCACUACGGUGAAAUCUUCUUUUCAACCCCCAUCGCGGUUGAUGUUUACGCUGAGGGUUUCAAGUCAGUACUUUUUGUUAGUCAUCAUGGAGCAGUGUUUACUUAUGAUUAUCUUGGGAAUUUAUUGUCCCAUUUCCAAAUUCCAGAUAUCAUUCUAGAUCGAAGUACUUUAUCCCAAAGACAUCUUGAUAAGAAUUUAUUUGAAUCUAUACGUUGGGCAUCUACUGACAAUCAAUUACCAAUACAUAGUGAAAAGGAUAUCCGUCUACAUCCCAUAGUUUAUACAGAUCCAAUUAUUUUAACUUCAGUGAUUAGUCGAUCCAAUGUGAAUGACAUAAAUUUCUUGUAUACUGAUCUUCUACAUAUUGCAUUAAAUUUCGUUAAUUAUCAUUCCUAUAUCACAACAGCGUCGUUGAAUGAAUCAUCUCCAGAUGAUGGUGUACUGGUAGCAGCAGUUGUGAAUAUACCACGUUGUGCUUUAUUUUCUUUAAAGAACGAAGAUUUCAAGUUAUGUUCACCACGUCUUAAAGUAUUAGAAGUUGACUGGUUAUCUGUUAAAUUACCACCGUAUAUUUUCUCGUCGCCUAUUAUAAAUGCCAAUGUUUUGGGAGAGACUCGAGUCAAAGAUCGUUCAUAUGUUGAUAGUUAUUAUAGUUUUAUUACUACAUUCAGUGGAAAUAUACACGUGGUUCAAUUAACAAUGUUAAAUAGUCAUGUUAGUCAACUUUCGUUAGAGGUCAAUAACAUUUUUAUUGAUUCUCAUUCUUUCCGUAUCACUCCAAUGACCUUAUCAUGUGUACCAUCUCCAUGUCCAUUAAAUAAAAUGAAAUCGAACAUAUUACGGUCUAGUGUACUUACUUGUUGUCUACAAGUGGAUAUUUAUUCUUGUUUACGUCUUGUUCUUCUUGUAUCAACUAAAAAAUAUCAUUCUCAAGUUUAUUGGACAUAUUGCCCUUCUACUUCUAAUACUACUACGACUACAUUGAAGUAUGAAGAACAAACUGGUCAAGUGAUUAUUGUUCCUGGAUGUCAAAAGUUACAAACUUGUUCACCAUGGUCUGUUUACACAACACCUGAUGGUUAUGCACAUGCUGUCGACAUUCAGACCGGAUUAUCGGCUCCAGGAUAUCCUGUUAGUUUGUUUACUAUGUAUCAUAAUGUUACAAAUCUUUCUAUAGGGUCUGGAUUAUUAUAUCAAAGAGAGGAUUACACAUACUGGUUGGUUUUUACUGAUGUUUACACAAAUUUGAUUCAUUUGCGACUACAUAAUCCUUUGGUGAUAAUAUCACAUAACCAUGAUAGCAUGUUCAAUCAUCAAACUAAUUCAUUGCAGACAAUUUCAUUAUCUCCAAUACCUUUACCGUUACCAACUGGAAUAUCGACGCCACCUUCAUAUCUCUUAUUAUCAAAUCAUGGUUUAAUGUUAUUGAGGAGUAGAUCAUCUCCGAUUGUUCAAUCUAGUUCAACAUCAUUACUGACUUAUUCUAAGUAUAUUGACAAUGUGGACAAGUCCAUUACCCAAUUUAUCAGUGUUCAAUUCGUUAACGACCAUUUCGAACCAGUUGAUUCUAUUAUUCUUGAUGAUAAUAAAAAAAUUUUAAAUUAUUUAAUCAGAGAUUGUUCAUAUCAUUUAAAGUUAUUUAAUGAAUCCCGAUUAGCAAAACGAUUUUUAGUCAGAUUAUUAACAUCAUUUGGUGUACCAAUAUCGGAAUGGUCAAAUGCAUAUCUAACUACAAAUAUGACAUGUCAUCAUCAUGAUUGUUAUUGUUUCAGUGGUUCAUUAUCUAUUCAACAUAGUUUACCAUUAAAUUCAUAUCAUAAUGAAUUAUAUCUAUCAGUAAUUGAUUCAACUAAUGGUUAUUUCAUUGUUAAUUAUCCAAUUAUAACAAGUUCUCAAAUGAUUUCUACACGUAUUAUUUUACAUAUCGGAUCAUAUCAAACACAAUUAAUUAUUAGUUUAAUUUAUUUACCAGGAGUUUAUUUAUUUAUUGAAUUAACUAUGAUUCAUUGGAUUUCCCUUUCUCUUUCAGUUGUUAUAAAAUUAAUUUAUUUAUCGUCAUUCAUGAAUUUCUCAGAAAUUUUACGAAAUUUAUUAUUCCCACCUCUUCCUCUUACUAAUUCUUCAAUUCAUAACAUUGAAUUACAUAAAGCAUCAGUCUAUAAUAAUGAUAAUAUUCAUCAUAUUAAUAACAAAUUAUGCUUAUUAUUAAGUCAUGGAAAUGCUGUACAUGAAUUAUUCUUCAUUGAAUGUAUUAAUCAAUUUUUACAAAACUAUGCUACAACAAUCAUUCAUUCGUCUCCUAUUCCUACUACCAUAAAUAUCGUUGAUGAUAAUAAUAAUAAUAAUAAUAAUAAUAAUAAUAAUAAUAAUAAUAAUAACACAGUUCCUGUUAAUCAACAAAACAUAACUAAAUGUUUAAUUUUUUGCUUUCAUAAAUCAUGGAAUAUUUAUCAUAAAUUAAUCAAUCCAUUAUAUGCAAAUAAUAUAACAUUGAAAAAUAAUUUAACUAUCAUUGAUAUGACAAUAAUGAUAGAAAAUUUACUACUCAAAUCAAAUUCAUACUCUGAAUUAGAUAAUAAUGAUAAAGAUUUAAUUACUGAUGAAAAUAUUGGAACUAUUAUUAAGAAUUAUAUCAAAGACAAGACUGAUGAAUUUCUGAAGAAUAAUUACACAACUAAUCCUUCGGAUGGUGUGCAACAAAAAAAUAUUGGCAUUUUCAUUGAUAAUAUAACAGCUUUAUAUGAUCUAGGAGUUACUGUACGUGAAUUAGAACAAUUUUUAUGUAGUUGGCUUUAUCAUUCACGUGAUCAACAAACUGCCAUCAAUAUAGCGAAUAUAUUAGUUUGUAUCGGAAUACAUAUUGGAGAUUUUUUCCAAGAUUCAAUUGUAUCAGAAUACGAACCUGCUUUAGUACAUCUCGUUGCUCUAUGGAAAUCACGGGCUUCAAUUAUACUAGAAUGUAAACCAUUACUAACAGGUUAUACAUCAUUGGUUGAUGGUCAGUUAAUUUGUUGGAAACGUUCGAUAGAUGAUGAAAUUAAUCUCCAGAAUGUUACCACUUCGAGCACAUAUCAUUUUCAUGUUGAAGGUAAACAUAUAAACUGUUAUACUCCAGGAACUUCAAAAUUGCUAACAUGAGUAUUUUAAAUUUAUCUUGUAAAUAAGUUUUCUUAUGGCAAAAAAAUAAAACAUUUAAUGUUUA